CUCCGGAAAAAUGGACCCUGGAGGCAUCAACCUAAAGGGGAAGGAAGAAAACGUGGCGAAUCAACACCGUCCUACCAAAGAUAACUGUAUUGGGAUCUCUGAGAAACGUCUGGUAUCUUCAGAUUUUGAAAUAGAUGGUCGUGGUUUCACACGAGAUGAAGAGCAUGCCAAUAUCCAAGAUAUACCCUCAUCCAAUCACAGAAAAAAAAAAUCACUUUAUCAUAUUAAACAGGUCCGAACUUCUUCAUCAGAGACUGUAACACAGAAUAAAAGUCGUAGAAGAGGUGUUAAACAUCAAACAGCUCACCGCAAGACGGGAAAGCAAGGACCAUAUCUUGAAUACCAGAAACAAGUAAUUAAACAAUUACUGCUUGGAGAGCAGGAAGCUGAAGAGACGAGUACAUCAUAUGCCAGUGAGGCCAGAAGAAUCGUACCAGGGCAGCAUUUCCCGACUCAAGUUCCCCCGACUGAAAAAAAACGACGGCCCUACAAAAAAUGUCGUGUUUGUUAUAAAAACGGAAUUCGCAAAGACACGGGUUAUCAGUGUGACACUUGUCCCGAUAAGCCAGGAUUGUGCAUCAAAGACUGUUUUCGUGUGUUCCAUUCUCUUUAAAUUAUUAAUUGCAUUUUUUGGCAAAUUUUUUAAGCUCCUUUACCAUUUCUAUAUAGACAAAUAGGCACAUUACGUAUUUCUCAAUUGUAACAUUCCCAUUUAAAAAUUGGAAUUUAUACCUCAAAUUUAACAAAAGAUUUAAUUACUGCCGGUUUGCGAAUCACAAACCGGCAGUCGGAAAACACGGACACUGGCUGCGAAUGCACAGCCCAGGAAGCCCACGGAAACACAAAGAAGCUUCCGAAUCUGUGCCUCCACUCCGCAAAAGAUAGGACAUGCCCUGUCUUUUUCCGUAUCUUUCGUUUCGUGGACCCAUUGAAGUCAAUGGGUCCUCACUGUGAUGCAGAGAUCGCACAGCAUGACUGUACCACAGCGUGUGAAUCUGGCCUAACUAGGCCAAUGAAAGCUACAAGACAUUUUAUGCUCCCAUAGAAUUCAAACUAAAAGAAUAUAUCUUCAAAAUUAUCAUUAUACCCCCAGAUGAAUACCUUAAAGGGUAUAGCUUUCAAAAAGGGGUCCUUCCCUUCUGAUCCCGGCUGCACACCCAUUCAGCAGUUUACAAGCACAUAGGGUUGAUGCCGUAUUCAAGAGAAAAUGGGCAACAAAUUGUGAGUUUCCCCUUUACCGCUUGUAAAACUGAAAAAUGUAGGUGAAAGUGACAUUUUCUGGUAAAAAAUUAAAUUUUUUAUUUUCACAGCCAUAUUUUUCUAAUUUCUAUGAAAUGCUUGUUCGG